UACUGUCUAAAAUAAGUCAAACUCUACAAUGAACCAAUUGCUAUCACUCCUCAUCAUCGCCAUAGCCGCAUCACAAAACACGGCAAACAUGAGAUGUUCAAGUGACUCCCCUCCACGCGCCCCAAAAUACCACCUCAUGGAGAAAUGCCACCGGUCCAAACUUGGCAUAGCAGCGAAAGCAAACUAUAGCACCUUGACCAGCUGCCAGAGACUUGGCAUCGAGAAGAAAGCUUUAGCGUUGAACUUCAGCCCACCUGAUGCCUGGAGAGCUGGUGAUGAACCGCUGGAUUACACUUGCGAAGUCCUGAAGUGUGCUGAAGCGGAUGGCGGGCUGUCCCUGGUGAAUGACACGAGAUAUGACUAUUACAGCAUCUACGCAAGACCUAUUCCCAAUGUAAACGCAACAUGCGUACCAGCCACCGGCAUGUUCUACCUCUUACCCGCUAGGCACAACUUCAGCCAAGCUGCGCAGGAGUGCAAGAACAUUAGCGCAGUGCUGGCUGACGUCACCAGUGAGCAGCGAACAGAUUCCUUGGCUCAGUUGCUAGCUGGCGCUUCUGUGGACGCGGCUUUGGUGGGAAUGAGAAGGAAUAAUGAGAGCAUGUUUCGAACUUUGAAUGGUAGGUCAUCGUUAAAUUUUAAAUCAUUGUGAGUUAAAGAAUGUUAAAA